AUGGCACCCCGCUGCUUCAUAGUCCGCCACGGCGAAACCGAAUGGUCUCUAAACGGUCGACACACCGGUACAACAGACCUCCCACUAACCGCCAACGGAGAGAAACGCAUCAAAGCCACAGGCAAAGCUCUCGUCGGGAAUGACAGGCUAAUCGUGCCGAAGAAUCUAGUCCAUGUGUUCGUCUCCCCACGCGCCCGCGCCCAACGAACCCUCGAACUCCUCGAGAUUGGCUGCCGCGAGAGACUGCCCUGGAACGAGCAGCGGAAAGCCGAAGAUGAGGAGCCUAUUCGGACGGAGGCGAAGGUCCAGAUUACUGAGGCGAUUCGGGAGUGGGAUUAUGGGGAGUAUGAGGGGUUGACGAGUAAGCAGAUUCGGGCUAUGAGGGAGGAGAAGGGGUUGGGGCCUUGGAAUAUUUGGACGGAUGGGUGUCCUGGGGGAGAAUCACCCGAAGAUAUCGUCCGCCGCCUCGACGCCCUGAUCGCCGAGAUCAAGCAGAAAUACCACAGUCCCUGCUUCGAGAACCCCGACCAGCAGAAAGGGGAUGUCCUGGUUGUUGCGCACGGACACAUCCUCCGCGCAUUCGCCAUGCGCUGGACUGGCAAGCCAUUGAAUGAGACUUCGCUGAUUCUGGAAGCCGGUGGUGUGGGCACUUUGAGCUAUGAACAUCACAACAUCGAAGAAGCGGCGGUUAUCCUUGGAGGCCAGUUCGUUGUCGAAUAA